UUAUUCUAAGAAAGUUGUUAAUAUGUGGUGGAAAAUAUCAAUCGUAUUAAUUCUGGGAAUUUUAAUUUCCGCUGAGGAACAAAAUCAAUCAAUAGAUGAAAAUAUUUUUUAUUGUCACAAUAGACCAUGUCCAAAGGGUACUGUAAAAUGUGGAAGAAGUGCUAAAAUAUUUAACCGGACAAAUGUGGAAAUGUCCAUUCUUUGUUUGGACGAUUUUGAUGGAAUUGUAAAAACAAUCGUGGAAGUCAAAGCAAUUCGCUUGAAUGAAAUAACAACAACCUCAAAAGAGGAACCAACAACUAUAAUCCCAGAAUCCAAGAAAUAGAAUAUUAUUUUUCGAAUUAAAUUUUUCUAUCAAAAAUAUGUGUUUCACUUGACCCAAAACAGCGACCUAUUUUAAAAUCGAAACCACCUUAUCAGCAGCGUGUUAAUGAAAUAUUUUUACACCAUAUGAUCAACGUCGUAUCUAACCAUUAUCAAUGAGUUCUUUAUAAACAUUCAACUUGAACUCUGACAUGAAUCGAACACAAUAAAUAGCGUGAUUGGAAGCAGAAAAAUCGCCAUUUCAGUUUUAAAAAGGUUUAAUAUUUUAAGGUAAACAUGCUAGUCAAGGGUUUGUGUUUUUUUCUUUUUUUGAAUCUUGCUUCUCAAGCCCUAGGGCAAGAAGGAACGCGCUGUUAUGGAGUGGAUUGCCCAUCUUAUACUUCAAACUGCAAAAAAGAAAUAAUUACAUCGGCCGAUAAACAUACAUUAAAAACCACUAUUUCAUGUUUGGAUGAUUCCAAUUCUGUUCUUCUGGACCAUCAUAGCCAAGAACCAAACACUAUUGGAAGCAAUACCUAUUUCAGGAGUACCACUUAUUCCAAUGUUGAAGGAAUUCGUAGUUACAGGAGACCAGUGCUCGACGUUGAUCGUUUUAGUGGCAUUGAUGGACAAUACAACAAUAUCGAAAAUUUUAUGUGAUUAAAUAAAUUUUAAAACUCAAAUAAACAAAUAAUAAUAAAUAUUUAUUAAUCGAGUUGCAGUUUACUUUGAACUUUGAACCCAGUGCAUUUAUUGCUACAAAAUAAUUUUAACACUUAUCAGUAUCUUAAUAACAACGGAAUAUUGAAAAUGCGUCAUUUAAUUUUGAUAAUAAUUUUAAUAAAUGUGGUUUGCGGAAAGAUACCAACAUUAUGCGAAGAACGUUGUCCUCAAGGAACGAUAGGUUGCAAAAAAGAAACAAAAACCAGCGAUGAUAAAGCCUAUAUAGUAACUUCUGUUUCUUGUAUUAUGAAUAAUGGAGAGGCGAUGAAUAUAGGUAUUGUUGAUCAAGUCCUUAAUCCACAUGGGCCUGAAACUGACUUUAAAAGCAGCACAUUUUCAGGAUCUUUUUCCAACUUUAAUGGGUCCUAUAAUGAUUCCAACAUUUCUAUACAAUCACGUAUAGUAUAUUUAAAUGAAUGAACAAGAAAUUUGCACAAUUAUUUAUUUCGUAUUUAAAAUAAUACAAUUUUUUUAUAUAAUUAAAAUAUAAUCUUUGUUUUAAGUACAUAAUAUGCCUGUUUAUUAAUAAUAGUUUAAAAAUACCUAUUUUAUUUAAUUGUACUUAUAAUUAUUAUAUACAAUGUAGUGAGACCAAUUUUUCCAUUCCAUUGCAGUGAAAUUAUAUUUAAAACUUUUGAGAAUCAAAGUUCUUUAUUCACUCGCAGAGUUUUGUAAUGUCUUUUAAAGACUGUAUCCACAGUUUAGGCCCUUCCACCUUCCCAAUCUCUAGAAGAAUCAUUAACAUAAUUGGGCAUUUCUUUAUAUUCAACGGCCACAUCCUUGUCCGUAUCCUUUUUUUCGUUCUUCA